ACAAUCAAAGCAAACUCUCACAAAUCACGCAUUAAUUUCACACACAGAUCAUCAGUUGCAUCCAUCGCAAUGCAGUACGGCGCGGCGGCGGCGGAGCAGGCGUGGUACAUGCCGGCGGCGGCGAUGGUGGUGGCAGCGGCGGCGGAGACGGCGGCGGAGCGGGUGGAGAGGCUGGCGUCGGAGAGCGCGGUGGUGGUGUUCAGCGUGAGCAGCUGCUGCAUGUGCCACGCCGUGAAGCGCCUCUUCUGCGGCAUGGGCGUGCACCCGGCGGUGCACGAGCUGGACCUCGACCCGCGCGGCCGCGACCUGGAGCGCGCCCUGGCGCGCCUCGUCGGCGCCGGCGGCGCCGCCGCUGCCGCCGUGCCCGUCGUGUUCAUCGGCGGCAAGCUGGUCGGCGCCAUGGACCGCGUCAUGGCCGCGCACAUCAACGGCUCCCUCGUGCCGCUGCUCAAGGAGGCCGGCGCGCUCUGGCUUUAGUAUAGCUCUAGCGCCGCCGUCGCUGCCGCGUCGGUCGCCGGAGUUAUCGCCGCCGGUGGCCGUCGUCGUUGUAGGGGUAGCUAGGUUGAUACAUCCACAGAGAGUUUGUGCGAGUGUGUGUGUGUGUGUGAGAGAGAGAGAGGUCGGUGUUUUUUUUUUGCUGCACUACGCCUCCGCCAUGAGUGUGCGUGUGAGAGAGCUAGCUAGUUAAUUAGUGCAUGCCUGCACGCUUACACCUAGUGUACUGCUUAUUUUCAUUUAUUUUCUUCGAUUCUAUCAGCUUGGCUUGAUUUGAUUUUCUCUAUUAAUUUCAUGUUCUUUUCUGACUUCGAUCAGUUAUUCUUAUUCAGUGCCAAUGUAUGCAUGUGAUAUAUGGUAAAAUUUUUGGCUAAUUUAUUA